UUUCGUCACUGUCGAAUUUCGAAGUUUCCAACUUUAACCUGAUAUCGCAAGUUCAAAAUCCUGUAUGGCGUACGCUGCAUUACGAAAUAUUCGUUUCUCUCGAGAAUCCGCCGAUACAAAAAGAGAAAUUAGCUUUCCAAUUAUUUACCUUGGAAGCGUUCAAGUAUUGUGUCCUGUUGGUAACGGAAUAUGCGGGUCCGUGGAGGAAAUCUUUGACAAUUCUCGGUUAAAACUGAAACAUAAUUUGCUUCCGAAACAAAUUCUUCGAGUAAAAGACAAUUUAUUUGAGCUUUACAGGGCUGAUGAAGAAGAGCAUGCGACUAGAACUGUUUACAACUUUAACAAAAUAAUCUACUGCGGGGUUGACAGCAAAAGGAGGAAAGUAUUGGUGUUCAAUUAUCAUCAUUUGGAAGGACGCGAAGGAGAUUUUUAUCUAACGCACGCCUUUUGGUGCGAGAAGAAAAGUGUGGCGAAACAGCUGGCUUUCACAGUCGGGGAAUACUUUCAAAAAAUGAAUUGUGUCUGUGUACAGGAUGCUGAUGAAAUGGGAAACGAAGAAUCCCCAUUAACAACGAAGUUAAAACCUUCGAGAAGGGAAAAGUAUCGCAAAAUCCCAAGAAAGCGCUCUUUGAAUAAAAACUUAGAAUUAAACGAAAUUUAAGGCCAGCUGAAC